AUGAGGAUUUCAUGCCGCUUUGCGAGGCCCUUGGCCGGCUCCGGGGCGAGGGCCGCGUUUCAACGAAGCCGUCAUGUACGCGACGGUGCCACCGCUCUUCAAAAGCGCCAAUUGCUCACUCUGGCCAUUGAAUCCUCAUGUGACGACAGCUGCGUCGCCAUCUUGGAGAAAACUGGCUCGCGCGCGCGUCUGCUUCACCACAACAAGGUCACCUGCGACAAUCGCGAAUUCCGUGGCGUGCAUCCCGCCCUGGCGGUUGUGUCCCACACGCGAAGCCUGGCGGGACUCGUUCAGGAGUCGUUGAAGUUCCUGCCCGAACAGACAGAAGACAAGAAGCAAGAAACUGGCAGCAAAACGAUCCAUGUCAAGAAUGAAGCCGGGGAGGUAAAGGCGAAGUGUAAGCCGGACUUUGUCACUGUGACCCGCGGCCCAGGGAUGACGGCCAACCUCUCUGUGGGCCUGAACACGGCAAAGGGGCUCGCGCUGGCCUGGCAGGUGCCGUUGCUUGGAGUGAACCAUAUGCAGGCACACGCUCUAACUCCACGCAUGGUGACGGCCCUGUCACGGAGUGAGGCCGCCACGGACACUUCAGCACAGGAUAGCGACCCUGAGCCUUCCUUCCCGUUCCUCUCCCUGCUCGUUUCUGGCGGGCACUCCCUCCUCCUGUUCUCGCGCUCCCUGUGCGACCACACCAUUCUCGCCGAGGCAGACAACAUUGCCAUUGGCGACCUGGUAGACAAAUGUGGCCGCGCCCUCCUUCCCGAGAGCAUCCUCGCUGCCGAGUCCGGAUCUAGCGUUGUCUACGGGCGGCUUCUUGAGGCAUUCACCUUCCCCUCUGGCGAGGCAGACUACCACUACUCCCCGCCGCUCAGACGAGCCGAUGAGAUUGCGCCCUUUGACUACCCGAUCGGGGGUUGGCAGCUGCAAGCCCCUCUGGCGAACUCCCGGUCGAUGGACAGGUUCAACUUCUCCGGCCUGAACGGCAUCGCACAGCGUAUUGUGACGGACCGAGGGGCCGCGAUGGACGAUGCGGAGCGCAGGGUGUUGGCGCGCGAGACCAUGCGGAUGGCGUUCGAGCACCUGGGCAGCCGGGUCGUCAAUGCCCUGCAGAACCUACGGCAAAAGCAAGACGCUGGCGACUCGGUCUCUGCCGUGAAGACGCUGGUCGUGUCCGGUGGAGUGGCGAGCAAUCGAUUCUUACGGCAUGUCUUGCGGUCACUUCUGGACGUGCGUGGAUUUCGAGACGUGGAGAUCGUUGCGCCACCGAUAAAAUACUGCACGGACAAUGCAGCGAUGAUUGCUUGGACGGGGAUGGAGAUGUACGAAGCAGGGUGGCGAACAGAUCUCUCGGUUCUGGCUAGGAAGAAGUGGCCGUUGGAUCCAGAACAAGAGGGCGGUAUACUCGGCGCCGAUGGCUGGUUGAAUACUAAUGUAACAUAG